CCUUCUCCUUGUUCUUCUCUUCUCCUGUGACAGUUGUUGCUUCGUUUCGUGUUUCCCAACACCCAUUUUUAUGAUUCGGUUGUCUCUCGCUGAGUGGCCUCGCCCCUAAAUCUAAAUCUAAAACACUUCAGAAACUCUUCCCCCGAUGCUCUCUUUCUCUUGAUACUUAGCCAGCUCUACUUAUCUCACCUUUCAAUCCACUCUUGUUAUCUCCUACCAUGGUCCAAGCCAAGACCAACAAAUUGCAAUUGCAUGUUUGACUACCAAUUUGUAUCCACCUCGACCUCGACCACUUGGACUGCUAUAGCCAUCUAUCAUGCAUGCCAACGGCUCGGCCCCACGAGCCAUGGUGGAUUUUGACCAAUUCAACACCAGAGCGCUCAACACUGACACCCCUGAUCAUUCAGUUCAUGUGCGCUCUCGUUCAACUGCCCACACCCAGAGUCCCAAACGUCUGUCUGUCUUCAGCAGUCGUUCCCGGAGCAAUACUACCACUUCGACAACAUCCUCACGCCGCUCUCCAGCCUCCUCCAUGACCUCAGUGGAUGCUGCCUCGUUGCCCUCGUCACAGGAUGAACGGACUGGUUCGGCGGCCGGUGUCCGCUCCGAGAGGCAGGAGAGUAUGACAAAAUCGCUCUUCUCUCGUGGGAGCCGUAUUCUUCGCCGUCAAGGGAGCAAAUUCAACAUUGUUGCUACACUAGAUGAAGAGGAUGAAAUGGAGCGCGAGAAACCCCGAUUUGAAGUCACGGAUCUCUUCGGCCGUCAUCACAGGUCACGGCAGAGCGAUGCUCAUGAACAGUUGAAGAGCCUGAUCUCUGAUCCAUUUGACUUCCACCAUCUAACUCAUACGAGUCCGUCCCAUUUCCAAGAGAUGGAUAGAGCCCGGGAAAAUGACCUAGUCACGGAGUUUUCCGCCAUUCGUGCCUCUCAGAGACCCGUAACAGGACUUAAGGGUAUCCGCGCAGAAGAUCUUCAUUUCCGUGACUUCUCGUCCGAAAACCUCACCAAUUGCGGGACAGCAAUUGCAGAGGACCACGCUGUUCCUCUCCCGAUCAGUCCUCCGGGGUCUCCAGGAGCAACGUCGGCAGCGAGUCCGAAGCAGGAAGACAGUAGACUAAGAAGGGAGUCGCGCGUCUGUGAGAACUUUUCUCGUCCGUAUCCUAGGGUCGGUGCAACCACGCCGCCGCUAAAGGCCACCACGCCCGGGUUGGCAGCAUCCCCGGAAAUAUCUGAGCCCGCUCCCCGUGCUAUUGACGAAAUAUUAGGUUUAUCUUCCCCACCAACAUACCCAGAACAUGUGUAUUCAAGUGGCGACGACGUCCAUGACGGCCCCUUGCUUCACAUGAACGUUGAUAGCAUUUUCCCGUCGACCAUCAGUCAGCCCGGCAGCCCUCGUACUGAAAAGGACUUAAAUGAUUUCAGGAAGUCGUCCGUAUCAUUUACCAAUAUGUCAUCGGAUCUUGAUGACGUCCCGGAAGAAGAGGAAGCUAUUAAUUGGCCCAGCAGUCUGAUGUCUAGCGAAGAAACGACCUCACGAAUUCAGUCUCCACUAGAGUUCCCUCAAACAGAGCUACAGGCUGCUUCUAUAGUCAACCCCAGAUCAAACCUAUCAAUCUACGUGACUGAAGAGCUCUCACAGAAGGUUGCUGAAGCUCUGGGAUCCCCUACGCUCCCUCAAUAUUGUCAACCCGAGGUACCACCACAGGACCAGAGACUAGGCGAUAUAGUAAAACGAUCGGCCUCUGUCCGUCGGAGAGCAACCUACGAAACCAUCUACGAGUCCUGGGAUGCCGACAUUGACUAUUGUUAUGAGCAUGCAGCGGAGUCAAAUUGUGACUUCGACUGGGGUCGUAAUUCGCUUGAUGAGCCACAGCAAGAGGCAAUCGGCAUUCCUGUCAUGAAUUCCGAGCUCGAUCCGGUCGAUGAAGCAUUUGACGAUUACCUGUUACCAGCCGUGCAUUUGAGCACGUCCGCAAUGCCUACAUUGGGUCUAGAGCACAAUUCAUCUCGUUCACUGCCCGGCGAGAAAGUCUCCUUGGCCCCGCCCACUGAGGUAGGAGUCUCCCAGCGAAACAGCGACUAUUUCCAACCAGUCAGUUCGAUGUUUUCAGCGGCCUUGGGAAAGCAUUUGACCCAUGAUACGCUUUAUGAAGAGUAUUUGGCUACUGAUGCUGAAUCAGACAGGCAUUUCUCCUUCUAUUCACAAGGAGUAAUCCAGCCCAUGGAGCAGCCUGUCUCACCUCGGAGUAGCUUUUCCCCAAUCAGCAAAUGCAAUUCUGAAGAGAGCCUAAUCCUAUCCCGUGCGGCAUCAAUUGUCCGCAAGCACCGUUCUUCCGUCUCAACCACUAGUGUCCCAGAACUCGUGCACAGUUUGGCAAAUAGCCGAGAGUUGUCCGCGGUGGACCAGGUCACUUCAGGCGAACAAUCUCUGUCUUCCGGGACCGGACGUCCUGAGUCGUCUUCUUACCAUCGUCAAACCAAGAGCCUAGCAAGAGAAAUGGAGACUCAGACUCUUUUUCGAGCCGAGUGUGGUAUAGGUCUUGAGUCUGGCCUUGUGUCAAUCCCAGCUCCUUCUACUCAUGAUCGGGCAAAAUCCACAUCUGAAGUUGAGGCGGCCUCUCCACUCGCGAAAGCCACCAAGGUCGAAGUUCCUACCAGGGGAACACAUCGGCGAAAAGGCAGAGCAUCCUAUUCACUCUUCCCCUCUGCCGCAGCUUCUAAUGUGCCGUGAGUUCAACAUGUUUGGUCCUAAAGCCUAACUUGGAUACACGUUUUCUUUUCCUUUACCUUCCGCCUCGCACCUUCAACCCAAUCACCAAUAGAUCUCUUCGACGA